UUUCAUUCAGCGUAGUUUGUUGCAUUUUACCGGCUUUAAAUUCAGUUUAUUCGUUUAUUGUCUUAUAAUAUUUUAUAACAAUGAAAGAAACAAGCACAGAGGUCGAUAACAGGAAUGUUGUAAAGAACCGCGAGUUGUUAUACCGUAUGAUUAUAAGCCAACUGUUUUACGAUGGAUUCCAACCUAUAGCCGCUACGCUGGCGGCAGCCGUGCAUGCAGACCCGCCUUGUCCCCCCAGUGACAGGUUAUUGAACCUCAUGAUGGUUGGUCUCCAACAUGAACCAGAUCGUAAGGAUCGCCUGGCAGCGUCCAGCGGUGCUGAACAUCUACUCGGCACCACUGGGUUUGAUUUGGAGUUCGAAAUGGAUGCGUCAUCACUAGCGCCGGAGCCGGCGACGUACGAGACGGCGUACGUGACGUCACACAAGAUGGCGUGCCGCGCCGGCGCGUUCAGCUCGUGCGGCCAGCUCGUGGCUACGGGCAGUGUGGACGCCAGUAUCAAGAUUCUGGACGUGGAGCGUAUGUUGGCCAAGUCAGCACCUGAGGAGGUGGACCCUGGGAGGGAGCAGCAGGGCCACCCUGUAAUCAGGGCUCUAUACGAUCACACAGACGAGAUAACAGCCCUGGACUUCCAUCCGCGAGAACAGAUCCUCGUGUCUGCGUCCAGAGACUGCUGCAUCAAGCUGUUUGAUAUCACCAAGGCAUCAGCUAAGAAAGCAUAUAAGUCUAUUACGGACGCAGAGCCGGUUCUAUGUGUGGCGUUUCAUCCACUGGGUGACCAUAUCAUAGCAUCCACCACACAUCCGGUUAUCCGGCUGUAUGACGUCACAACCAGCCAGUGCUUUGUGUGUCCUAUAUCCUCUCAUCAUCAUAAGAAGCAGGUCCAUUCCAUCAAGUUUUCUCCGAAUGGCAAGUACUUCGCCAGCGGCAGCGCUGAUGGCUCCGUGAAGCUAUGGGACACGGUUUCGAACCGGUGCUUCAAUACCUUCAUAAAUGCACACGACGGUGCUGAGGUCUGCUCUGUAGCGUUCACUAGGAAUAGCAAGUACCUGCUCACGUCUGGUCUGGACUCGUCAAUAAAGUUGUGGGAGCUGGCAAGCAGUAGGUGUCUCAUACAGUACACGGGAGCUGGUACCACAGGUAAACAGGAGCACCUGGCGCAGGCCGUGUUCAACCACACGGAGGACUACGUUAUGUUCCCGGACGAGGCAACCACCUCGCUGUGCACGUGGCACUCGCGGAGCGCCAGCAGGUGCCAGCUGAUGUCGCUCGGACACAACGGCGCCGUCAGGUAUAUAGUACACUCUGACACCGCGCCGGCGUUCCUGACCUGCAGCGACGAUUACCGAGCAAGGUUUUGGUACAGACGGAACACACACUAAAUAUACUAGCCACGCGCCGCGGCUGCGCGCGAUUGCUGUCAAUGUAGAGAUCUCUAAUUUUUUAAAGUAAAAUAUACGUAUUUUUAAGCACGUUGAUUACCUUUAUUUGAUACUAGCAGACUCGGCCACGCGAUGCUGUGGCUGAGGUUUUUGAAUAAAAUAAUAUUGCGACUAUAAAUUGAGAUGUAAGCUAUCCUAUCUUUCAAGUUGGAUCAGAUUGCACACAAUGUGCAAAUCAAAUUUGCAAUCGGUUCAGAAGUUUAGGAGUCCAUCGCGGAUAAACAACGUGACACGUUUUUGUAUAUACACUAGCCACGCGCCCCGACUGCGCCUUAUUACUAUUAAUGUAGAGAUCUGUACUUUUUUAUAAUAUCUAAUCUACUUAUAUUUAAACUUUCGCGUAACAUAUAAAUAAAAUUGGAGUGUCUGUUUGUUUAAAAUAACUUUUUUACUACAUGCAUAUGAAUAUAAAUACGGUACAUACACCAAAAUAACAUUUUUUACAAUUUUUGUCUGUCGGUCUGUUUGUUCCGGCUAAUCUCUGAAACGGCUGGACCGAUUUUGACGGGACUUCUCUUGGCAGGUAGCUGAUAUAAUAAGGAGUAACUUAGGAUACUUUUAUUUUAGAGAAAUAAAGUUAAAUUCCACGCGG